UUUCAGGGGGACUGGUUUGGGGAAGCAGGAGGAGGGCUCCAAGGGAUCCAGAAGGAAGGAGCUGAGACCUCAGAGGGCACUUCUGGAAGUGGGAUCCGACUGCACGGAAACUGCGCGGCGCACGAGCUCCACGGCUUCUCCUGCGGCACCGGACGCGCGUUUUGGAGAAGACCGACGGAUCAGAGCUUCUCAGAAGGUCUGAAUGCAGUCCGGAGCUGAAUACAGCUGAGUGUGCACAUUUCCCAGGAGCGGACCGGACCGGAUCGUGUGCGGUGUUGCGGAGGCGCUCAGAACCCUGCGGCCAACUUUAAUUUUUCCUCGUCCGUGUGACCGAGAAGCAACUUUCUGACAUGGCUAUUGUUCUUCUCCUGGCACUUUGGAACAGUCGGUGAGAUCUCAACCCCCAGGCCUUCUGAACAAAGACGUGGCAGGAAGAUGGAUUAAAAAAGUUAUUUUUUUUAUUGUUUUGCGCUCGUUUUUAGUUUCAUGUCUUUUCUUUUUUUCUUUUGUUUCUUUUCUUCUGGCACGAUGGCAACAAAAAGGAGUCUUAGUAGCCUCGUAGUAUUAUAAGAGAUGAAACGUGUAAAGUAACGACUUGAACACACACACACGUACACACACGCGCACGUACAUAUACACGCGCUUUAAAUUGUUUAUUUAUAACGCAAAAAUGCGCCUUUUUUAAUUUCCCGCAAAUAAAUAAAUAAAUCCAGGCCCGAGUUGAAACCGGAUCACAGGGGUCGUUUUAGUGUGUGUAAAACACCUGGAUUGAGCUUUUCUUCUCUUUCAUGGAGUUUGACGCCGUCCAGAGAGCCACCGAUGGGAUUUGUACUCCACAGCUGGAUGGCGCGCCGGCGGAUAGCUUCUGUUUGACCGGGACUCCGUCCAGCUUCCAGAUCGCCACCGGGUCUGUACGCGCGGCUCGGAAGGGCACCUGGAGGCAGGAGCGCACCACUUUCAGCAGCACUGUGAUCCUUUUCUCUUCUUGGUUUGUUUGAGUGUGUGAGUGUGUGUGGAUCGUAUCACCAUCAUCAUCAUCAUCAUCAUCAUCAUCAAUUGUAUCCAACCCCGUGCUCCUGCCCAGCAAACGGCAGGAUUGCAGGCAGGCAAUGCAGCUGAACCGGCCCAGGAGCGCGCUGAUUGGCUUCAGCUCGCCACCGCCGCAGCCUCCACCGCCGCAGCCGCCGUCCGACACGCACCCGAGCUUCUCCAGCCAGUUCAAGGCCAUGCGCUUUUCCUACCAUCUCAGCCCUCAGCCCGGAUCCCGCAGAACCGGCUCGUCCACAUCCAGUCCUCGGCUCUUGACAAAGAGUCUUUCUCUAGAGCCAGGCCCAUGUCCGGGAGCCCACGAGGCCCCUCAGCGUCUCUGUUCGGACCCAGGGCCCCUGGGACUGCAGCACUGCAAUGGCACAAGCGAAAACGAGCCCCAAAACGCCCCACCUUUGCCCCCUAAAACACGGCCACCGUUACCCGGUCCCAAACCACAAGGAAAAAAAUCAUUUGGGGAUGUGCUGAUAUUGAAAAUGCCCCCGAAACCACCGCAUCUCCAACAACAGAGCGGCCGCCGUCCCCGGCCCCCGGACAAACCCCUGCCCCCGCCUCCGUCCCGCCCUCUCCCAGUGGACCCUCGCCAAUCACGGACAGGCCUCCCGCGGGAAGAGGGAAGCUCCUCCCCGACAUGUGUCCUGUCUCUCAUAGAGAGAUUCGAAAGGGAGCAAAUUAUCAUGGUGCCUGAUAUCACAGGCGGAGUGAUGUCUAUGCCUCGGGUACCCGAACCGCAGCCCGUUACGGACUCUGUUCUGCCCUGCACUUCUCUCGACGAGCCUAUGGAACCUCCUGUUCUGAAGGAGCAGGAGAAGGAAACACAGGAACCGGAGAUGGAAAAAGAAGACGAAGUCAAAGAGGAAGAGGAAGACAGAGUACAGGAGGACAUAGAGGACGAUGAUAAGGAUUUGGGAGCCUCGUGCUCAGAAAAGCGCCUCUCCACUGAGUCCGGCUACGGCGCCUCCGACAAACUCCUGGACGCGAUGGAGAUGAGAGAGCUCAGCCAAUCGGAAAUCCCGCCAGAUCGCCUGUCUCUUCCUCCGCAGCAAACGGACACCAAACUGGCCAACCGGGACAGCGGCAUCGACAGCAUCAGCUCUCCGUCUCACAGCGAGGAGCUCUGCUUCGCCGGCGACGACAGAGAGGUGUGCAUGUCUCUUCCUCGUUUGUCCUCGUCUUCCUCGUGCGGUUGCGUCGAAGGACCGGCCGGAGAAGAAGUUGUCGCUGGCGUGGAGGAGGGAACGAGAGACUCGGAGGGAGACAGCGAUUUGGAAGAAGGAAGUGGGGAUGAGAGUGAGAAUGCCAUGGCCAUGCAGCCUCAACCCAAAGCUGAGAGACAGGACUCUGUUGAGCUCUCGGUGCAGCAGCGCGUGUUUAACAUCGCCAACGAGCUCCUGCACACAGAGAAAGCGUACGUGUCCAGGCUCCACCUCCUGGACCAGGUGUUCUGCGGGCGACUGAUGGAGGAGGCUCGAUCGCGAGGCUCGUUCCCCUGUGAGGUGGUGAUGGGCAUCUUUUCCAACAUCUGCUCCAUCUACUGCUUCCAUCAACAGUUCCUGCUGCCAGCGCUGGAGAAGCGUAUGGAGGAGUGGGACGUAAACCCGCGGAUUGGGGACAUCCUGCAGAAACUGGCUCCCUUCCUAAAGAUGUAUGGCGAAUAUGUGAAGAACUUCGACACAGCCAUGGAGCUGGUGAACACCUGGAUGGAGCGCUCAUCGCAGUUCAAAGCCAUCGUUCAUGACAUUCAGAAAGAGGAGAUGUGCGGAAACCUCACCCUUCAGCAUCACAUGUUAGAGCCCGUACAGAGGAUCCCUCGCUACGAGCUCCUUCUGAAGGACUACCUGCACCGGCUGCCUGAGGACGCUGAGGACUUUAAAGAUGCGCAGAAAUCGUUGGAGCUGAUCGCCACAGCAGCCGAACAUUCCAAUGCAGCCAUCAGGAAAAUGGAACGCAUGAGGAAGCUGUUGAAGGUGUACGAGCUGCUCGGCGGAGAAGAGGACAUCGUGAACCCGACUAAUGAGCUCAUUAAGGAGGGACACAUCCUCAAACUUUCAGCCAAGAACGGAACAUCGCAGGACAGAUACCUCAUACUGUUCAACGACCGCUUGCUGUACUGUGUCCCUAAACUCAGACUGAUCGGACAGAAAUUUGGAGUGCGGGCACGGAUCGAUGUAGAUGGCAUGGAGCUGAAAGAGACGAGCAGUAUGAACGUGCCACGGACGUUUCUGGUGUCGGGAAAACAGCGCUCUCUUGAACUACAGGCCAGAACUGAAGAAGAAAAGAAAGACUGGAUUCAGGCGAUCCAGACCACCAUCCAAAGGCAUGAGCAGAGUGUGGAGACGUUCAGAAUGUUGAACUGUUCGGUGCGUGAGGACGAGUGUACACCUCCAAACUCUCCGAAUAGUACCGAGCUGGGAAAGCGUGCUCCCACUCCGAUCCGGGAAAAAGAAGUGACGCUGUGUAUGAAGUGCCAGGAGCCGUUUAACUCCAUUACCAAGAGACGUCACCACUGCAAAGCCUGCGGACACGUGGUGUGUGGAAAAUGCUCGGAAUUCCGUGCCCGCUUGUUGUACGAUAACAACCGAGCGAAUCGUGUGUGUAUAGACUGCUAUACGACGCUAGUGGGAGUCCCGCCCUCUCCGGCCAGCUUGACCAAUAGCACGCACAGAAGACGCUCUAUUUUAGAGAAACAGGCCUCUGUGGCGGCGGAGAACAGCGUCCUCUGCAGCUUCCUGCACCACAUGGAGAAGGGCAGCGGGCGCGGCUGGCAGAAAGCCUGGUUUGUCAUCCCUGAAAACGAACCUUUGGUGCUUUACAUUUACGGGGCUCCUCAGGAUGUGAAGGCCCAACGCAGCAUCCCUCUCAUCGGCUUCGAAGUCUCCCUCCCUGAGUCAUGUGACCGUCUGGAGCGGCGUUGCGCCUUCAAAAUGAGCCAGAGUCACCUGACUGUUUACUUCAGCGCAGACGGAGAGGAGCUCCAACGCCGCUGGAUGGAGGUGCUCUCCAGAGCUGGGAGAGGCGAGGAGCUACAACUACAAGAGCACGGCCUGAUCUCAGAGGUUCUGGAAGAAGAAGCGGAGGAGCUGAGCCCUCUAGGAGAAAGCACAUGAUUGGUUUUCGAGAUCUCGCUUCGUUUUUUUUUUGCACACACAAACUGUACACAUGUGGCAAGAAGGACAGCUAUCUGCUAUAAGAUACCACAAAAUACACACAAGCUCAGACAUGCACCCACAAGCACACACACACACACAUGCACACAAAAGCACACACACACACUUACACAUAUACACACAACUUUUACACGGACCCGUUCUAAUCGUCAGUCGUAAAGUUGCAUGAAAUAGCUACAGGUAUGUUUCUCGGUGUAUUGCUCAUCCUCUGUAUGUGUGAUCGCCCUGCACAUGGUCGGUAUAGUCCCCCCGCUUGAUAUCUUACUCUCUCCUCCGUCUCCGCAGCUGAAGAGUUCACUGUUCGAUAGAUCUGCUGUUUCCUUUCCAAACCAUUUGCUGUGCGGUUUUUUAUGAAUGGUUUCUUGCCGCGGGUAUUUUAGAGAAAACCAUGUGAUCAGAGUCGGAUCAGAGAAGGUUACAGUUCGAUGGACUUUUCCUUCGUAGGGUUUAAAGAGCAUUCCAGUGGCGACAGGAAUCGUAUCUAAAAUGAAAGAAUUGUCUCAAAGGUAUUAUUUUCUUCCUAAGACUGUACAACUAUUAGACAAAACAAAAGCCAACACCGUCCAGUAAUAUAUAAUAUAUACAGUACAUAUUACACUCUAUAUGGGUUAAAGUGUUUGCACGAUCUUACAGCAUUUUUAUAUAUUAAAUUAUUAUAUUAUAUAUAUUAAAUUAUAUUAUACUAUACUAUAAUGAUAAUAACAUAUUUGGAAGAUUCACAUUUGGCAGCUGCCGUUAUCCAGAUCGACAAUUAUCUCAUAUGUACGAGGAGGUGUCAAAAAGCCAACAUUUUUAACACACCAGCAGAUGGCAGCACAAGGCUGCACACACAGUCACAGGAAGCACCGACCUUCAUAAGUCAGUGUGCCAAAAUACAUCGUCUUGUGUACGUAGGAACUCUGUAGUGUCACCGAACUCUCCUCACACGUGAGCUUCUCGUUGGAAAAGACACGACUUCGCCCUUUUCCCGAAGAUGAAGUUCCACCUCAAAGGUUGCCGUUUUGACAACCGGAAACCCACCGCAAAUCGCAGAAGUGGCAGCAACGUGAGGAGCGACUUUUUGAUACCACCUCGUAUAACUAAGCUAAGAAGGUGAAGAGUCCAGGAGUGGGUGCUGGGAUUUGAGCCCAUGAUCUUCUGAUCUUCUGAUUAGAAGCCAAUGAGCUACCACUUCCAAAAUAAUGAUAGAUUUAUAAAUACAACCAGCUCAAAAAAUAUACAAUUUAAUAUCAUGUAGAGCUGUAAAUGGAAAAUAUAGCUGCAAAAUGUAUAGAUUGUGACAUCAAGCCGUUUUAUUUACUGGUAUCUAAUAGUUUUUUAGAUACCAAUAAAAUUCGAAAGAGAUCCUAAAACUUUCCAAUAUGUCAAGAUAUAUUAAAUUUUUUUCUAAUUUUUUUUAAUCACAAAAACCCAUAUACAGUAAUAUAUAUUGUGUAUAUGAUCAUAUACUCUAUAUACACUAUAUGGACAAAAAGUAUUGGGACACCUGACUGUUCCAGGUUGAAGACCCACAACAACUGUAUAGGAUUGUGUCGUCUUUCGAUGCAUGAAAAGGAGACACAAAACCUGUUCCAGCAUGACAAUGCUCCUGUGCACAAAGCCAGCUCCAAGACGAUAUGCUUUACAUGGUUUGGAGUGGAAGAUCUCCUGCUUUUGAAUAUAUCGAGUGCACUUACAUGAGUACCUGACGCUGCAUGAGCAGUCUGAAAAUCUCCUCGUAAUCUAGUGGAACAUCUUUCCAGGAUGUUAUUGUACGGUGAGGUGUCCAUAAACUUUUGUCCAUACAGUUUUAGGUUUCUUUAUUAUUUUUUUUUACAUAAUCCUGGAUGUAACAUUGAAAUAGUAUUCAAGUAAAAGAAAAAAAGAGCAGGAUGUAAAAACACUAAAGCUGGAGGACUCGUAUCCCUGGCGAGAUUUUGCCUGGUUGACCUUUUUCCGCUGACUUCGCAUCUGCAGACAGAAACCGCCCCCAAGCCCCAACACACACCGCCCCCCACCCCCACCCCAGCCAUAAAGCUAACCACAGAAAACAGACAAGCAUCCGAUUAGCUCCACUGCGCCACUCUGUGGACAUUUAAUGCACUACGUCUUCGCAAUAUUCGACUAUUCGCGAAUACGAACAAUUUAAUCGAAAGGAAAACCUCUGCUCGGAAUAAAGGAGGUAUAAAACUAUCAGUCGGACAAUAGGGCUCUAAUCUUUAAUCUAAAAAUGAAAAAAAGGACUAUAAAUACUAUAAUGUUUGUAUAGAAUGCAGUAACGGUUCGAUUAGAUUUCGAUACUGGGAGACUUUGUAGACCGAGCGAGUGUGAGUGAGUGAAUGAGAGAAAAAAAGAAAGAAAGAGAGAUGCCAUGAAGCCGUCUAAUUUUUAAUUUGUGGAAUUUUUUUUUGCUAAAUGUCCACAUGGGAUUUUUUAAAUAGGAACCUUAAGAGUAUAUAUAAAUCAAAAAGGCUUUUGACGAUACCAUUGCGCAUUUCAAACAGUGUCGUAUUUGUGUACGGAAAAUGGUAAAAGAUACAAAAUCGCGUUUGUAAAUAUAUAAUUUAUUGCUCAGAACCCAGUUUUGUGGGUCGGUGUUUAAUCUCCGAGCUCGGUGUUAAAUUCACGAUGUGCCAUUUGGAUGGACAUCGGAGCAUCCCGUCGAGAGUGUGUGUGUGUGUGUGUGUGUGUGUGUGUGUGUGUGUGUGACUCGUGUCUGUUUUUUAUUUGGAUUUUUAUUUCUUUUUUUUAUAUCAUACACUUUAUAUUCUUGAGCCGAAAAAAAAAAAAAAAGUUUACGGUCAAUCGUUCCAGAAUUGGGUUCUUCAGCGCGAUCGGGUCGAGACGUCUUCAUGCCGGAUCGCUGUAACUAUUAGUGUUUGUUGGGAAAUGUUUUUGGAGCUUUGCGCUCUGUUUGUCAGAAGACACUUGAUCCAGUUUUUUAUAGUUCAGUGACUUUUCAGUGUUGCGUCAUUUUUUUUUUUUUUGUGUUAUCAAUGAAAGGCUUAACAAUGAUGUCAGAAGAAUAAGGAGCGGUAAAUAUGACUGUUUACCUUCUUAUGAAAGGUUUAUUGCAUUUCCUGGACCAAAAGUCAUGUUCAAAACGUAGCUUUCAGAACAAUACAAACUGCACACGUUACUAUUUAUAGUAUAUCCAGUGCUUAGGAUGAGUCACGUUUUUUUUUAAAAUGUUUUUUAAAAGUCACAUGCAUGUUCCUUUUGUUUUUAUGUAACAUUUUUGGCAGAAGAACUUGUGCACGGUAGAGAACAGGAGAGAAGAUGGAGAUGGAAGCCUAAUGGUUUGGAUUGUUUUAGAGAAUUAUUCCAAAAAGUGAAAGGAAUCCUGAACCAACAUGGCUCCCAUUCCAUACCUCCAACAACCUGACAUUGUCGUCUGGAUUCGUCUAUCAUGCAAUCCCAGUCACUGCACCUAAAUCCUAUUGAACUGCUCUGGGAUGAACUGGAUCAUCCCCAACUGGUGAAGAACAUCUUUGGCAAGUUUUCCAAGAGGCACAGCAGAGUAUUUUUUUGAGAAACAAAACCGUCCGAAUACCUAAAGGGUGUAAAGUGAAAAUACAAUUUUGGCCUUUUGGUAAAAGUAAAUCUUCAUCCCAUCAUAUUUGCAUAGAAACGAAAGGAACAUGCACAUGUCUCUCAAAAACCUUUAGGAGGUUCUACACUUUUCCCAGCCGCUGUAUACUAAAAAAAUCUACUCCUGAACACUGAAAUGCACACAGCAGAUAUCGCUUUUCAUUUGUCACAUGAGGACGAGAAUCACCAGCUGUAUAUAUAGAUAUAUAAAUAUAUAUUGGGGCUGUCAAUCCGUUAAAAUAUUCGCGAUUAAUCGCACGAUCGUCAUGAGUUAACUCGUGAUUAAUCGCAACUUAAUCGCACAUUCUGACUUGUUCUAAAUGUACCAAAUGUAACAUCUAAAUGUGUCCAGCUUAGGUAUUAAUGUGAUUGGAUGCUGUGAACGCAACAACCCAGUAGACGGGGAAGUGCAAGACAAGGAAGUACAUUCACUUCCGAACAACGGGUGUGUCAAGGGGUAAAAAAAAACGACCCGUUACCCAUAAAAGCUGCGAAAAACAAUGGCGGUUUUGCUUUUCAGUGUGAAACGUUUUCUUAAUUGAUCGCGCAGUGAAUUUCCACUAUAUAGCUUGUAGCUUUUCUCUGGACUGUGCUACAAACUAUAACAAAACACAAGUGUAAAGCAGAUACACAACACGAGUGCAGGACAAUAAACACACGAAGCCAAAGUGUAAAAAGCAACGGCGUGAGAUUUCCACUGUGGGUCGUGGUGCACUUCCUCAUGUCACGAAUAAAAAGCAAUACCAUUAUACGUUGCAUGGGCAAAAGUAUUGGGACACCUGACUUUAACAGCCAGUUGUGGCUCUUCCCCAAAUUGUUACCACAAAAUCAGAGGCACACAAGGACGUCUUUGAACCAUUGAACUAGAAGACCCAGGGUAAAACAGGGUUUGAGUAGAAGAUCUCCUGCUUUAUAGAGCGCUGAAUGAUUUUUUUUCAUUCUCACCUCACCUACAUCAACACCUGACUUGUAGUAAACCUUGUGGUUGAAAGAAUCUCCACAAGCACACUUUCAAAUCUAGAGGAACAUCUUAGAAGAGUGAAGCUUAUUAUAAUCUUAUGGUCAGGCGUUCCCAAACUUUUCUCCGUACAUAUGUGUCCUUUAUAUUUGUCCUAUUACCAGGGUGUGACUUCUUGUCCGGAAUAUAUGGUCGUUAUAGGAGAUUUCUCUUCGUUGUGUGUUUGUGUGCGAGUUCAUACUUCAUACUGCGUCAGUCGAGCCUGCCACUCAUGCAUUCACGCAAACCUCGGUUAUGAGAAUCACCAAAAAAUCAUCAUUACUCCGUCAUUCUUUCUGCCAUUCUUUCUUACAUAUAUGUCCUUUUUUUGCAUUUUGACAACGUAUACUGCAGGAGAGAGGUAUUAUUGUGUGUUGUGUUUGUGGUUUUUUUGUACUACAUAUUUAUUGUUUUUUUAUACUUUUUUUUAUAAUUUCUUGCUAAGAGAACUGACCAGCAAGAACGAUUGUGUGCAGAGCCGAUUGGUUAAAACGACUAUAACCGUUCUCCAUUUCGUUUCCGGGAAGAACACUGAUCCGGAUGCAAGGUUGCAUUUUAUAGCCUGCUUUCAGACGAUGAAGGUUCACAAAAACAUCUCAGCAGCUUCAGGGCUGCACCACCCGGAUGAUUAAAAGAGAGCUGUUAGAAGAUCUGAUGCUUCUCAGUUUGGGAAACUGAUUUCACUCAUGAGCAAUUCUAUCCACAAAAAAAGGUGUCAGUGAUUUACAGCUUUUCCUCCUUCUUUUUAAUGGGAUCGAUUUCUCGAGGUUUCAUAGGUCUGUCUUUCUUUCUUUGACCGCUGAUGUAUUUAUAUCUUUUCAGUCUGAUUUUUUUAUCCUGCAGGGUAUUAAAAGUGAAAAAAGAGUCAAAUUGAUAAAGACGUUAAAGAUCUUUGGUUUUUCAUUCCUCUAAAAGAUUCCUGACGUUAUAGACAACAUACCUCACUGCUGCAUUUAUCUCCACAGCACAUGGUGAAAGAUCAAUCGCUGACAUCUUGCCUUGUGGAAUAGAAAUGCUCUGGUUUUUUGGGGGGAAUUGCUCAGAAAUCAAAUCUCUGACAGCACUAAACGUAAAACGAGCCAUUUAUAUUCAUCACAACGUUGCAUAGCUUUCUCCCCCCCCCUUUUUUUUUUCUUAUGAAUUCUGUAUAAAUUUGCUGUACACAUGAUGAGUAUUACUGUUAUGACAAGUACUAUUCUAAUUAUUAUCAUUAAUUAUAUUAGUGGCAGGCCACUGGGGUUCCAUUGUAUGUUGAUAACCCGAUGAAAUUCUGUGCAAGCUCAUGAAAAUGUUUAUGAAUUAAAGGAAUAUAAAAAGAAAGACCCGA